AUUCUGUAAGGGGGAGAGUACAAGCGCAAUCACUGGAAAAAUACUUGUUGAGAGAGAUAAUUACAAUUUCUCGAUAAAAGCAAGUGUUAAAGGCGGAAAAAAAAUCAUAUGCAUCGCAAGUUUAAUUCAAACUCAAACCUGCUUCGUCGUUUUGGAUCCGAUAGAAACAACACACUGAACAGUGAACACAGUUGAAGUAGUAAAAUGUCGUCGAUUUCUUGCACGAAGCUGACACUCUUCACCAUUGCAGCAGUUUCAAUCCAAUUCAUCGGCCUCUCCGUCUUCCUCUUCGGCUUCUUCCCCGUCAAACCCAUUCUCUCCGGGCACAGUGGCCCCGAGAGUUUCCGCCGCCCAACCUGCCACGGCGACGGCGAUGGCAUUGCAAAUCACAGCGACGCCUCUCUGCCUCCAGAUCGCCUCAGGCUUUUGUAUCAGGAAUUAUCUGAGAUCCCUCCUUCGUAUGAUCGACUCGUAUUAAUGGUCAUUGAUGGUCUUCCAGCAGAGUUUGUGCUUGGCAAGAAGGGUCAGCCUCCAAGCAAGGCUUUUAUGGAAGCUAUGCCGUACACCCAGUCACUGUUGACAAAUGGUAUGGCUGUUGGAUAUCAUGCAAUAGCAGCAGCUCCAACAGUUACGAUGCCUCGUUUGAAAGCUAUGGUUUCUGGAGCGAUUGGGGGUUUCCUGGAUGUGGCUUUCAAUUUUAACUCCCAAGCUUUUUUAGAUGACAAUCUUCUUGCACAGUUCAUUAAAAUUGGCUGGAAAAUGGUUAUGCAUGGUGAUGAUACAUGGCUCAAGUUAUUUCCUGGUUUAUUUGCAAGACAUGAUGGUGUUAGCAGUUUUUUUGUUAAAGAUACUGUACAAGUAGAUCAGAACGUGUCUCGACACCUUGGUGAUGAACUUAGCAGAGAUGAUUGGAGUUUUCUGAUACUUCAUUAUCUAGGCUUGGAUCACAUUGGACAUAUUGGUGGACGGAACAGUGCGUUAAUGGCUUCAAAGCUUUCUGAAAUGGAUGAAGUAGUGAAGAUGAUUCAUAUUAAUGCCUUGCGAAAUCUUGAAAAUGAUCAAGGGCGGACACUUAUGGUUGUAGUCAGUGACCAUGGAAUGACUGAAAAUGGUAAUCAUGGAGGUUCUUCAUAUGAGGAAACAGACUCUCUAGCUCUUUUUAUUGGACAAAGAAACCAUGCCUCUGACCAUGCAGUAUCCAAUCAUGACACAAUUUCUCAGGUUGAUAUUGCACCAACGUUAGCUUUACUUUUUGGCGUGCCAAUUCCGAAAAACAAUAUUGGUAUCUUGAUCUCUCAAAUGGAUGAUUCUCAGACCGAUGACCAAAAGUUGAGGGCGCUGCAGUUGAACUCAUGGCAGUUAUUCAGAUUACUUCAAGCACAAAUGCCUGGUUUGUCUUGUAGAAGUUUUCCAUGCGAUGCUUUCAUUACUAAUAGUGGAACAACAAUUGAUGAAUGCAAAGGUAGCAAGGAGAAGUUGUUUUGUUGCUUGUAUCUAAAUGCUGCUACUCUUCAUGAUGCCUGGAAAGCUGAAGUAGUCACCAGUACAGAAGGCUACAAGGCCACUGUUGCAGCAUAUCAUGAAUUUCUGAGCAGAGCAAGUGAGUGGCUGUCACACAAAGCAACUGAUAAACCAAUUAACUUGCUUGCUUUUGGAGUUGCUGCUUUGAUCAUAUCAUGCUUGAUACUGCUGAGACUUGUCUUUGUAAUCCACAAACAAGUUCCUGCAAGGGAGAUGCAAGACGUGGACAAUUAUAUGAAGCCGUGGAAGUCGGAUGAAGUUUUCAUUUUGUUUGGCAUCCUGACCCUUGUCAUUAGUAUGGGAUCAAGUUCCAUGAUUGAGGAAGAGCAUUACAUUUGGCAUUUUCUCACAUCCACUGUUAACUUGAUGUUUUUCCGGAAAGCAAUACAGUCUUUUGACCUUAACAAAGCACAUGAUCAUCUCAGUUCAAUAAGGAAACAAAACAAUGUAUUUGGAUGUCAAAUUAGUUCAUUGUUCCUUAUUAUUUUUUCUGGAAGAAUUUUGAAAGGCUGGCAUCAAGGUGGUGUGAAUUGGACUAACCUUCCUGACAUUUCUAAGUGGCUUGAGCAGGCUGACAGUCAAUAUGUAAACCUGAUUAAGAUAGCAUCAUGCAUCUUGAUCAUUGUUUUGGGCAUAUUUAUAUUGUUCUCAAUGCCGCCCAAAACAAAAGUUUUAAUGGUGAUUGGGUUUAGCUUGUUAAUGUCUGGUUUGUUGGCAUUGCAACAUUUUAUGAAACAUCAGGACACGUCUGUCUCAUUCAACAAGGAUGCCACCUUAUCAGUACAAAUAUUCUAUGCCAUUCUGGGAAUCACUACUUUGACAGUUGUAUUGGUUUUGCCAUGGGUGAUGCCUAUGCAAACUCCUGAAAUGUGCUCAAGAUGGAACUUCUACAUGUCUGCCUCUGUUCCUGUUGAGAUUAAGAACAUAACACCAAUUUUGGUAUUAAAAGAUUCCUUGCAUAUAGUGGGGUGCAUGUACAUAACUUUUUGGUGUCUUCUGCAACUGUUGCUUCAACGGCCCAUUAAUGCUAUGCCUCUGUUGUUGCUCUUUGUUCAAGUCUUGGCCAGCAUGCUUGCUUUUUCGUUUAGGUCACAUUCUAAGCAGUGGGUUGAGAUUACUGCACUGUACAAUCUGGGAAUGGCAGGCCAUUUUGCUCUUGGGAACAGCAAUACACUAGCUACCAUUGAUGUGGCUGGAGCUUUUAUUGGAAUUUCAAGUCACUCCACCUUCCUUUCAGGACUUCUGAUGUUCAUCAUUACUUAUGCAUCCCCAAUGCUAUUCUUUCUUUCUCUAGUACUGUACAUCUCAGCCAAGGUCACAAUGGAGCCACUGGUUACCAAGGAUGGAAAUUCUGGAGAAAUUCUCAAGGAUCUUCUCGGAUAUCCUUGCUUAGUACCACUGAGCCUGAAUUCUAUUCUAUUGACUGCUUACACGAUUGUCUUGCUGUUGAUGAGGAACCAUUUAUUUGUUUGGAGUGUCUUUUCUCCCAAGUACCUUUAUGUUUGUGCUGCAACUGCAUGUGUUUAUAUUGGGGUCUUUAUUGUAGCUGUAACUGUGAUUCAUACAUAUAUAGUGCUUUUUUGGCUGAGAAAGAGUUUUUCCAUGUGUAGCAAGGAAAACGGUAAGUGGUCAUGUAAGUCAAUGUAAAAAUUGUAUUGAACUGUCAAAAAGCAAUUCUCACUCUUAAGUUCUUGACUAGUUGGCAUAUUAUUUUGAUUCUUUUUUGUUUUCUUUGAAAAAGGAUAGCAGUCACUUCACUUCUCCCUGUAUCUCUCCCUGUCGAAUUAUUAUUUAGUAAUGAAGUAAGAUAGGUGUUUGGUUUCUUCA